UCAACUAGCUAAAUAGUUUAGUGGCUGCUGUUCAGCACGUGACUUUCUGGGUGUUUCUUAAAGCCGCUCUCACAUGAUCUUGUUGUCAGUCUCUCUGCUGUAGCUGCGGUGAUAGUGUUGAAAGGAGAGCUAAAUUAAUCACACAGCUAGCAUACAAAGAUAACAAGUUUAAACUUAGCUACAACCAGAAACGUCAGUGUUUUUUGUUACCAAGAACAGUACUACAAACCAGUGGACUUGAGUUUUAUUUUGCCUUUGCUGUUGUUACGCUGACGUUAGCCUAGCUAGCCCAACAUCUGCUAAGCUAGCUAACUAGCCGCGUACAGGCUGUUGUUGUGAUUUUGCCCUGACAAGAAGCCGGAGAGGAACCGGAGAAACAUGAAGCAGAUCGGGGGUGUCCAGUCAUGGUGUCUAGGAGUAACGUUACAGUUGAUUAUUGCUGCCGUCAUGCACCAGGGUUUUGCUACUGUUGCGCCGCCCACAGCUGCACUGUACAAAGACCCUGGCAGACCUGAGAAAGGAAACUACCAGGUCAACGGCACCAACGGUACUGCCUGUUUACUGGCAUCCAUGGGUCUCCAGCUCACCAUCACCUUCAACUCUGUCUCCCAGAAUAAGACUGUGCAGGAUGUUGUGAACAUUCAGCCCAAUGUGACAAAGCACUCUGGGUCAUGUGACCCAGAAAACGCCACUCUGCGUCUCUCAACGGAUGCAGAGAAGACCAACCUUACCUUUUUCUUCACACUGAAUACUACGUCCAAUAAGUACCACCUGAGUGAAGUUUCUCUGUCAGCAGCCUGGCCAGACAUGAAAGAGCCCUUCUCAACCCAUAACCGCAGUCUGGACUACCUGCAUGGCACCCUGGGGUACUCAUACUUGUGCCGUGAGGAACAAACUCUGAAUGUGGACCAGAAUUUGUCCAUCAACAUCUUCCAGGUGCAGGUGCAGCCUUUCGGCCUCACCAAAGAUCAGUUUGGAGCAGCUGAGGAAUGCCAGUUGGAUGAAGAUGACAUGUUGAUCCCCAUCAUAGUUGGAGCGGCUUUAGCAGGUCUCGUCCUCAUCGUGCUCUUGGCCUACCUCAUUGGCAGGAAGAGGAGCCACGCUGGCUACCAGACCAUCUGAGGUCACUUAACACUCCCAGAGGGUACUGUCCCACCCUUGAGAUUAACCACUGUUUUAUGAGACUUAACACUCCACCCUGUUCCUCUCCAUCACUCAUCCUCCCUGCCUGUGUGUGUGUGCUGUUCUUUGCCCUCAUCAGUAACACUAGUCAUUAUCACUUGGUGGAGGUUGAUAUGCUCGUUCUGAACUGACCCUUAUUUAUAAAAUAGGGGCUUUGUUUGAAGAUUGUAAUGAAAUGAGGGAAAAAAAACCUACUGGUACUACGUAAAGCAGGGCAUGGAUGUGGAUCAGAGGGUUUAUGAGAGUUCUCAAAUUGUAUUGUACUAUUUAUGAUUUCUGUAAAAGGAACUUUGAGGGAUUGUGGGAGUAGAGGGAAUUGCGACUGUAGCUUUUCUUAUUGUUUAUCUGCUUUAGGGUGAGCAUUUUUAGUGGUCUUGCCCUUAAUGAAGUAUAAGUUAUUAUAAAGGGAAUAUUUCUAGCUCUUUAACUUAAUCCACUUCAGACAGUAAAGAUCUGAUGUUUUUUUAUUGCAACUCUUCAUUUAGCCCAAGUAUGCAGAUUUUACUUACCGUACUAAAAACACAGUAAACUAAUCCUAAAAA